CCGCAGCCCGGGGCGGGGACGGGGCCGGGGCCGGGGCCCGGGGGUUCGCCGAGGGGCAGGGUAGCAGGGAGAAGGACCCGGGGAUAUUGCCGGCGGGGUGAUGCCGCAGGGGGCGGAGUCGUAUUCAGCAGGGGGCGGGGCCCCAAGCCAAGGGGCGGGGGCUGAUCAAGGAGAAGGUGGGGCCCCGAGUCGGGAGCCGAGUCCCGGGCUAACGGACCUUGGAGCUCCGGGGGCGGAGCCGGGACCCGCAGUGGGCGGGUCCGUGAGCGAGGGCGGGACCCUGGCCCUGGGGGCGGGGCUGGCCCCGCGGAAGCACGCAGCUAUUGGCCAGGGGGCGGACCCCAGGGCGGAGGUGGGCGGAGCAUCGGGCCCCGGGGCUGAGCCUCUGAAGGGCGGGGCCCAAGCACCCCGGCCCUCUGCGGGCAAGGGGGAGAGCCCUGGGCUGGGGAGCCGAGGAGGCCUCCGGGGAGGGCGAGCCUGGGGUCGAGGUCGGCCCCGGACCCCCCCAGGAGAAGUGGUGUGGGUAGAAAGGGAGCAGCGGGCGCCAGACCCGGGCCCCGUGUGGGUGCCCCGCAGACCUCCACGGGCUCAGAGCUGGGGGGGUGCCCCCGGGGGAGGGGGGGGUCAGGCCUGGGGGGUCACCUCCACGGACAGGGGCUCCCCAGAGCCCACGGGAGACGUGUGGGUCCCCAGGGGGCGCCCCCCAUCCGUUGGCGAGGUGUGGGUGUGCUGGGCUGGAGGGGCCUGGGUGUGGCGCGAGUGGGGGGUGCCCGUGGGGCCCGCAGGGGGGCAGCCGGAGAGGGUCUGGACCUUGCGGAAAGGGGAGGCCACCAAGGGCGCAGGAGGAAACUGAAGGGCGGGGGAUCAGGGCAGGGAAUGAGCGGGACUGGGGGGUGGGAUCCGU